CCCAGGCUGCUGCUGAUGCUGUGGGUGCUGCCGCUGGCCCGGGCGUCCCAGCGCAGCGAGCCAAUGUUCACGGCCGUCACCAGCCGCGUCCUCCCGCCCGACUACGACAGCAACCCCACGCAGCUCAACUACGGCGUGGCCGUCACGGACGUGGACCACGACGGCGACUUCGAGAUCGUGGUGGCUGGCUACAACGGACCCAACCUGGUGCUGAAGUACGACCGGGCUCGGGGGCGGCUGGUGAACGUGGCACCCGACGAGCGCGGCUCGCCCUACUACGCGCUGCGGGACCGGCAAGGCAACGCCAUCGGCGUGGCGGCCUGCGACAUCGACGGCGACGGCCGCGAGGAGAUCUACUUCCUCAACACCAACAACGCCUUCUCCGGCAUGGCCACCUACACGGACAAGCUGUUCAAGUUCCGGCACGGGCGCUGGGAGGACGUCCUGAGCGACGAGGUCAACCGGCGCCGCGACGUGGCCAGCCGCUUCGCCGGGCGCUCCGUGGCCUGCGUGGACCGGACGGGCUCCGGCCGCUACUCCAUCUACAUCGCCAACUACGCCAACGGCGACGUGGGCCCCCACGCCCUCCUCGAGAUGGACGCGGCCGCCAGCGACCCCGAGCGCGGCGUCAUCGUGCUGGCCGACGUGGCCGCCGACGCCGGCGUCAACAAGUACACGGGCGGCCGGGGCGUGACGGUGGGCCCGAUCCUGAGCGACAGCGCCUCCGACAUCUUCUGCGACAACGAGAAGGGCCCCAACUUCCUCUUCCGUAACCAGGGCAACGGCACCUUUGUGGAUGUGGCCUCCAGCACCGGCCUGGACGACCCCUACCAGCACGGCCGCGGCGUGGCCCUGGCCGACUUCAACCGCGACAGCAAGGUGGACGUGGUCUACGGCAACUGGAACGGGCCCCACCGCCUCUACCUGCAGACCAGCGCCAGCGGGCGCCCGCGCUUCCGGGACAUCGCCACGCCCAAGUUCUCCAUGCCGUCCCCCGUCCGCACCGUCAUUGCCGCCGACUUUGACAACGACCAGGAGCUGGAGGUCUUCUUCAACAACAUCGCCUACCGCGGCUCCUCCGCCAACCGCCUCUUCCGGGUUGUGCGCAGGGAGCACGCGGACCCCAUCGUGGAGGAGCUGAACCCAGGGGAUGCCCUGGAGCCCGAGGGCCGCGGCACGGGGGGCGCGGUGACAGACUUCGAUGGCGACGGGCAGCUGGACCUGAUCCUGUCGCACGGCGAGUCCAUGGCGCAGCCGCUCUCCGUGUUCAGGGGCACCCAGGGCGCCGGCAACAAGUGGCUGCGGGUGAUCCCGCGCACGCGCUUCGGGGCCUUCGCGCGCGGGGCCAAGGUGGUGCUGUUCACGCGGCGCAGCGGUGCCCACCUGCGCAUCAUCGACGGCGGCUCCGGCUACCUCUGCCAGAUGGAGCCCGUGGCACACUUCGGCCUGGGGCAGGAUGAUCCCAGCAGCCUGGAGGUGACGUGGCCGGAUGGCAGGGUCCUGGUGCGUGCCGUGGCCAGCAGUGAGACCAACUCGGUGCUGGAGAUCCCCUACCCGCAGGACGCUGCUGACCUGCUCCUGCCCACCCCCCUGGAGUGCGGCCAGGGCUUCUCCCAGGACGAGAGCGGGCGCUGCGUAGACACGGACGAGUGCACGGCUUUCCCCUUCGUGUGCCCCCGCGAGAAGCCCGUCUGCAUCAACACCUACGGCGGGUACCGGUGCCGCAGCAACCGGCGCUGCGGCCGUGGCUUCGAGCCAAGCGAGGACGGCACGGCCUGCGUGGCUCAAGUGGCCUUUCUCGGUGGCUUCCCCUCGGCGGGGACCCAGCUCGGGGCCUGGCGCCCCCCGGACCCCCUCCCCGCGCUCUUGCUGGGCCUCGCUCUCUGCCUUCACGUCUAUGCACUUUAACCCCAGGAGCCAGCGCAGCCUCGGCGGUCCGGCCUGUCCCUCCGCCCCAUCCCUCUCUCCGGCUAUCGCCCGGGGGCGCGGGGCCAGCCCGGGCGCAGCCUGCAGCCUUCCCUCCUUGCAUGUUUUCUGAGAAAACAGCCGGGGCCCUGCUGCCCCAGCCCCCCAGGCCCCGCAGGGGAGGCUGCUGCCCCCACGCCACGUGCCUGCUGGUUUGGCCUGUGCCCCGUCUGCUGCCCUGGCAAGUAUGGGCGUCCCCCCUCGCCCCUGCCCCCUAGGAGAGGGGCCUCCCAGUUUGUUUUCUAAUGUCUCCGGAGUUGGACCCUGCUCAGUCUUCCAGCCCUCCCCGGGAUCGACCGCCCAAUAAACUCCUGUCUGUUA